AUGCUCCUCCGCUUUGGCAGACUCUCGCUGGGCAUCACCGCAGCCGCCGUUGUGGUGGUCGCCCCCAUCGGCAGUCGUGCGUACCUCCUCCGUGGGACAGCCCAUCCACUCGCACCCAAGCGACGAGUAAAGCCGGUGGUGUCCUCCUCCUCUUCCACUUCAGGAGGGAAAGGGGCGGAAGAGUCCAUGGAUCCUGCGAAGCCGCAACCGAAAAGAAAAAGAAAUAAGGAGACUCAGAAUCCGGCGGAGUCUAAGAAACCACAAGGUGGUCGUAACGUUUUAUCACAGAUGAAUAAAGGAAUUUCACAUUCAAUACCUACUGGGAAAGAUAAAGAAGAAGGGAUAGAAGUAAAUAAGACGGAAGCGUUUAAAAAAGUAGAAAGUGUUAACCAUGAAACAACAGGGCCAUUGAGAAUUGAUCUUAUGCGUGUUGUAGAAGAGUGGAGAGCAGCUUGUACAACUGAACCAUUGGUUGAAACAGAAAGUAAAGAUGUACAAGAAGAUGGUAAAAAUGUUAUAUCGUCUGGUAAUGGAACUAUUAACUCAAAAGGAACGACACCAACUACGACGACAACAACAACAACAACAACAACAACAACAAUAACUAUGCCAUCAUCUACAUCUACAUCAACAAGUACUACUACUAAUACUACUACUCUUGGAUCUGCUGCUUUGGGUGCUUUACUUACACGUGCGGUGAAGUUACCAGAUGAAUAUCCUAUGCUUCACAAUGUAUUACAUGCGCAUCAAGAGAAGUUACAACGACAAGGUGGUAUAAAUACAUUUCAUACAGAUGAAAUUGUACGAAAUAUAGAAGAUUUUUCUCUUCUUCUUGCUUUUUUACGUAUAUACCGAACUAGUGCUUUUAACAAUACCUCUGUGUAUGAAAAGAUAAUGGAAAAUCUUGUACAGUCUAUGAUUAAAUGGUAUAAAGAGUUAUAUACCACUUCUGUAUCUAAACAUAAAUAUUCACAACAACAACAGAAGCAACUUGAGACUUCAAUGAAAAUGGGACUUUUGUUACUUGGUCUUGAAAUUAGACGAAACUACUUUGGAUUAUAUAGCUCUGCUACUUCUAAUACUUCUACUAGAGAAAAUAAGAAACAAAAAUCGAAUAAAACACGGAAAACGAGUUCUUGUGAUCACAAAAAAUGGUUAGAAGAUAUUACGAAACAACUAUUGGAAGAGGUUGCUAUUUCUGCCACGAACCGCAUCUCAGAGGAGGAAAAUAAACGUGAACUUCACUCACUAACAGAAGCUGUUGUUGAUAUUGCACUUCUUCUUCUAACUUCUACAAUGUCGAAUGAAUUAUCUACACAAACACAAUGUGUACAGAAUUGGGAAAGUUGUAUAAAUCAGACACAAACGGAUGCUGAUACUUACCUUUCUAGUAAAUUAACGGAAGAAUUUAUUAAUAGUAAUUUAUUAAAUAUUCAAACACAUAUUUUUGAUUUAAUAGAUGCUUUACGAUACUUUUCAAUUGCGGACUCUGUCGUACCUCCACUUCUUCGAGAUCGUUUGAGAUGUGGAGUGACAGAUUGUCUACAGAAAGUAUGUGGUAGAGUUAGCUCACGUCCUGAGCUUUUCACAGAUAUUCUUUGUACUCCAGAGAUGGUAAGACGUGUACAAACAUUACCAUCUAGCGAUCUCUGCGAAGCGGUUCAAGCUGCAAUAUUUACAGGAGCAGCACAUUUUUAUCAAUGUGCUAAUGACACCAUUAUUGAUAGCUUACUGCAACAAUUAAAGGUGGGAAAAGAUUUUUCUAAUUACUAUGAGGGUGAAGUGGAUAACAUUACGGGUGGAAGGAAUGAUAUUGAUGAUGAUGAUGAUAAUAAUAAUAAUAAUAAUAGUAAUAAUAGUGAUAAUAACACUAUGAAAAAAAUAUCUAUUCAAUCGAAACGUACAAAAGUAGCAUUUGCACUUUUUUCUGCUGGAUUUGACCCAGAAGCCGUUUUAAGCAGUGGCCUUUGUGUUGGACACAAUACUGUAGAGGCAUUAGAGCUGCUAUAUGCUGCUUCUCUCUUCUCAAGAUCAUUUGCCCUGGCACCAUUGCCAGCGCGUCUUUCUACAUCUCUCAUGACUGAAAGUGCCGCAUUAAUUGAGUCUAUCAUUCGUGCAGGGAAUCGUGUAACGGUAACACCAACAGAACUGCUGGAAGAACCAAAGUCUCUUGGGGAUUUAUUAUCAGAGCAGUUACAACGAGAGCAAAAAAAUACUAUCCAUACUAAAGAUAAUAAUAAUAAUAAUAAUAAUAAUAAUAAUAAUAAUAAUAAUAAUAAUAAUAAUAAUAAUAAUAAUAAUAAUACUAGGGAUGGUGGAAUUAGUAAUAGUAAACACAUUAUUCGAAAAGGUGAGAUUGUGUCUCUUGGUAUGAUUUUACAUUUAUCUCUUACAACUGCAGUAGAACUUCUUGUUAGAGGAGAAGAAAAGCGAUUAACCACACACCUUGUACGACUACUUACUUUACUAGAACGAGAAGGAUCAUAUCAUUACCUUAUAGAUGGGAUGGUAUUGUUAAUAGAUGGUUUUGUGGAACGUUUUCAUAUUGCUGGACAACAUCAAAGUCUAAGGAGAGGAAAUAUAUUAAAUAGUACUUCACCUGAAGUUGAACGUUCACUUACAGAGGUGACCGCACUUUUUGUUCCUCGAGUUGUAGAAGCUGUACAACGUCAAUUAGCAAGAACUAAACGUACAAGUGCUAUGAGUGAUGCAGAGGGAGAAGCAGCCGCUGAACUAUUACAGGAGAUAUUACAUUUUACUGUUUAUGUUACCGCUUGUGGAAUGAAUGCAACAACGGCAAAACAACUUGUAGGAUUACAUGCAAUGGUUGUUAAGAGUCUUGUAUCUGUUGGAAAAGCUGGUAAUGUCUCUUCACUUGCAGAGACUGUAAUGCGAAUGAAUAUUCUAGUUUCUCAUGUAGGAGCUAAACAACGUGAUUUUGGGGUUACACGGCAUCCUACUUCUCUCGGUUUACGAUAUUGUAGUAUUGUUCUUAAUGAUGUAGUGGCUGCUCAUCUUAAGCCUAUUGCUGCAGAUAUUAGACGUGGAAGUAAUAUUGCAGCUACACAAGAACGUUUUCAAGUACUCUCUAUUGUAAGUCUUCUCUAUCGUCUUGUUUCUGAACAUGCUGUAGAAGCAGAACCAACGGAACUUCGAGCUUUUCGAACGGAUGUUCUGGAUCCUGCAUUAACACGUGUUUUACAACAACAAAAUAAUGGAACUAAUCAAAUAGAUGAAGCACUUGAUCUUGCAGCAUUAAGUGAAAUUACAGUUGUCAUGUGUGUUCCUCACACCAUUCAUCAUCUCUCUCAUCAAUUACUUGAUCAACUUGCCACUGCAGUAACUAUAGUAGUACCAAAGGAAUUGAGGUUAAUUACUACUAAAGAUCAACGACGACAUGCAAGUAAGAUAGCUGCACGUCUUCUUGUAUCAGCAGCUGCUGUAUGUCAACUUCGACAAGAGAAACUUACAGAACGAUAUCUUGCAAUUGUUCAUGUACUUGGUCCUUUACUUCUUCCUUCAGAUAUUUCAUCCGUAUUAUGGUCCUUUUCUACUUUUCAUGUUCCUGUUAAUGGACAAGCUGUAGUAACUCUACGUAUACUUUUGGCAAAAGAAGCAGCAUCGUCCAAUUCAACACUUUCUGUACCACAAACCAUGUCAGCUCUACAAGUAUUAUGUGAAUUGGAAGAUACUAGUCGAUUUGAAUAUACAAAAAUAUUACGCCGUAUUAUUCAUUUUGAACACCAAAUGAGUCCAGGAGAAGCUGGAAUCGUUGUUCGUAUAGCAACUAAAUUACAGUUGCUUGGUAAAACUUUACCUCCUGAAGAUUUAGAAUUUUUAUUUAAUAUUCCGACAUUACUUGCAGAUAUAGUAUUACGCAUGCGACAACAAUGUACAGUAUCGGAUGUCCCACUUGUUUUACGAGGAUUUUCUCAGAUAAGUAAAGAACGAUAUGGUGAUUUACAGGAACGUAUAAUGAAAGCAUACAUACUUCGUACUAUUCAGGUAUGUCCAUUUUUAGACUCUAAAGAGGUAGUUGAAUGCCUUGAGAGUUACUCCAUAGCACGUAUAAGUCAUCAAUAUCUCUUUGGGGUUUUAUUAGCUCGAGUAACGGAAGUAAAAUUAAAGUUCUCAUUACCUCUUGCGGUCCGUCUUGUUAUGUGUGGAGUUAAUUCUACAUGGGACAAAACUGUACACACAGCUUGUCUUACUGCUGCUCAACCAGUGUUCCUUGGUCUUGUACGUCAUUUACUUCAAAGUGAUCCAAGUUCACUUCCCUCUGUUGCAAGUAAUGCUGUUGUGGUACUUCAGUGCUUAACGGAAGCAUUCCCUAACGAUCAUAUAAGUGAUCUUGUAUUACAGAAUAUGGCUGCUCAUCAUAAUGCUAUUUCCUUAUCAACAAUGAUGGCAGUAUUACAACUCAUUGAGAAGAAGAGUUCAACAGAAUACAGUAUUCUUCGAUGCUUUACAGAGCAUGCUGCAUCUAAAUUAUUUCCACAGACUUCACACAAAGCAUUUGCAGAACUAACGCGACAAUUUAUUCAAUGCGGUGUGCGAUCUAGGGCUCUAUUUGAUGCAGUGGCUAAACGUUUUAAAGAAAUAAACAAUACUUGUGACUGUAGUGUGCUUGCAACUCUUGCUGAUGCUUUUACUACUGCUCAUGUCGAUUUAGAAGAAGAUGUGAUUAACACACAUAUUAAGCGUACACUAAUCUUGGCAAAGGAGGAACAAAAUAGUUUUGAAUUUUCUUACUGUAUCAGUUUGUUAAACUUUUUCUCACUUCUAGAAAAGAAACAAACCGAACAAGUAACUGUAUUGAUUCUUAAAACUGCUGCCAAAUCUCUAAAAGAAAAUCGUACCUCUCAUAAUAAGAAACUUCAACCCACUAUAACAGACAUUAACACCAUCUUUUCUGCUUCUAUUAAUGUACUACCGCCACAUCAUGGUACUAUUGCAAACCUUUGUGCUGACGCCCUACUUGACGUUAUUGAGGAAGAACGCCAUGAUAACGGGGAUUCUCAGCGGUUUGUUGGCAGUGGUUGGCAUACAGACCUUACUUUAGUAGUCCAGCUCACCAAAAGUAUGGUGCAAUUGGGAUUAGCAAACCAUGCAGCAGCCCACCACCUCUUUGAGGUUUUAUACGAUAAGCGAGGCGCGCUAAUGCGACGUCGUUUGCUUUUGCAAAGCACAACGGAAGCGAUAAAGAGUGCCGGUGAAAAUGCUCAUCCACAGCUUUUUGCUCUUCUUGUAGAAGGAAAACUUUUGGCUUAA